AUGAACCGUUGCCACUUGGACACGCUGCUCUUGGAGCUUCCCUAUGACGAUCUGGGACUUGCACUCCUGCAAUUCAAGGAGCAGCUCAAGCUGAAUGAGGACUCGCCGGCGUUUCUCCAGACAGUGUUUCCCCGUCUGGCGGAGGUACUUGAUAAGCUGGUGAUUCCUGGCCUGGAAUGCUACGUGAAGGACAACAGGAAAGACAUCCUCGAAAGCUCGUGCGACGUUAUUUGCUGGUUCUACAACACAUUCUACUCUCAUAGCCGCAGCGGAGGCACAGAGCUGAUCAGCCCUAAUCUCACUCUUGCGCUGCUUUCCUCUUUCUGGACCAGAAUCCCAGUUUUCCCGCAAUCGCAGCCCGACGGAUUGGUGCUAGUUACUUCUGCCUUCCAGAUAGUCCUCGAAACAAUCCCGCGCACUAGCUAUGACGACAUCUUUAACUGGCUCAAGGACGCCGAGCUACCAAAGCAUUCGAAUGCCGCUGUUGACGAGCUCUUUUUUACGUGCGUGCGAUCUUUCACGGCAAGAGUAGUGCUCGAUGAGCUAGAGACUUUAACACAACGCGGUGGACGUCUCUCAGGGACGCCAAAAGACCUCUUAAACUCCGUUCUCGAGAUGUACGAGCGAUGGAGACCAGCAGACAGCACAGAAAGAGGAGAGUACCUCCUGGACCGCGAGCUGAGCAUUCUCAAGAAAUCAGCCAGCUCAGAGCCAGCAACCGUGAUCCACGAUUCGGCAUGCUCCCCUGUCACAGAUCCAAAUUGCUACAAGUACUUUCUCCAACAGGAGAGAGCCAAAUACGAACAGCAAAAAGAUCCGGACUGGGUGCAGAUCUUUGAGAGUUGCAGAGAAGUGCACUCUCCCAAAUCCAGUGCCAGCUCCAGCUCUUUAAGUACAGUCGUGUUCGACACGUCCGACUUCCAAAGCCUCAGGGAACCUAAAUCGAGAUGCAACGUUUUCCGCAAAUUGUUCAGAGCCACAAAACCACUAUUCGUCUCCCGGAAAAUUGACCCGAACCCUCCAACCUCAGGUCAGCUGUCUACAUUCUCUACUAUGAGAUACAGGCUUCUAGACUGGUUUUGGAGCUUUUGGUAUCCAGUUGACGAGCACGAUGAGAAGAGGUUCCUGUUCUCGCAUUCUUUCUCCAAUUAA